AUUCCACGCCAUUAUUCGAUAUCACUGUUCACCAAUCACACCCAAGUAAACGCCUUCCCCUCUGUUUCAGUUAAUUGCUUUUUUUCGCGAUCUGGACAACUCACCCUUUCAUCGGAAGGUCACGAUUUGAGUUAAAUUUUGGUUCCGUUAUGUUAUAUGUAACCUCCCCCUUUUUUUUUUCUUCAAUUUUUCUUUUUGGGUUUUGGAGGGGAUUUUAUUUUCUUGGGAGUUCUAUCUGUUCUUCGUAGCUUUGUUUGGUUAAAGUUUUAGAUCGGGGGUUUUACUUUUUUGAGACGGGUUUUUUGUUGGGGUUGCUGGGCUCAUAAAUUUUGAACCCGUGAGCGUUGACCCAGUUGCGGAAUCUCAGUUUUGAGUCGCUGAAUUGUGUUCUUAUUAUAUUGGGGGUUUUACAAAAAGUGGAUUUCUGAGAUGGUUCGAUUUAGAAAUCCAAAAUCUAGGUCGGUUUUUUGGGGUUGUUUAUAGGGCAAAUUUCCGAUUGGAUUUAUACUGCGAGUUUCAAGGUAUGGGCGGCGAUUCUAGGGCUGUUAAUGGCUACGAUGAGAGGUCUGUGGACUCUGCGGCGGCGGGAGAAGUUGGCGAUCAUAGAAACGGCGAAGAUGACAGUGAAUCGAAUGCUCUAUUGCCGCCGCGGCGCGGCGGAAUGUCGAGGAAAUCGAAUAAGCCGAGGAUGAAAGUCCGGUGGAAUGACAGUAAUGGUAAUAACCUAGCGGAGAUUUUGGAGUUUCAACCGAGCGACGUGAGCGAUUCCGGGGACGAGGAGUCUGAUUCUUGCAGCUGUAUGAUUAUGUAGAUUAUUACAUCAAAUAUUAGUGUAUGACGACGAGAACAAUGUCGUUUCUUUACGACGAAACUGAUAAUAAUUGGCAAUGUUUCUGACUGUAUAACGGAUUGCUUUGGUACUACGACGACUGAUAGAAGAGUUCAAAGAUCGACUGAUUAAUAUGUCGUUUCGUUACGCCUUGUGGUUUCUGGCGAUGUGUCGGAGUUGUUUUUCGAAUUUGUAAGAUCACCUUCCUGGUGAUAUGAUGUAUGGAUGAUGCUGAUAUUGACAUUAUGAAAUCACAGAUUAGUUGAGCUUUUGACAGUGCAGAAUGAUGUAUUAUGUAAUGCAAACACUUUGGAAUUUUUUUUUU